GAUCAAUCCACCUCUUGCGAACGAAUACCUUGUCAUUUUGGUUGAUAUUCACUAACACAAACAGGUCGUUUCCUUAUCAACUGAUACGUCAGGGAUUCAAAUAGCACAGAAAGAUGGAGUCGGAUGAAUUUGAACUAUGCACUGUGGCUACACAGACUGAAGACUACGACUGUGUUAAUCAAUGUACCGCAAUGUAUGUGGACAAUGAACGACAAAUGGAAAAUAGAGACAGCAAAAGUGAUGAAAAAAAAGAAGAAAAAUGUACUGUCAUCAUGACUGAUGGUAAUCAAAGUAGCAUAAUUGCUAACUUUGUUGUUGAAGUCAACUUAUAUAACUCAGACACUAACAACGAUAUGGGGCUAUCACAGGAUCCUGGGCACUUUGAUUUGCAACGUCUUCGAGAAGAAAAUAAAGAUAUUGAAGAUAGCUUGAAUGGCGAAUCUGAUGAUGCCAAUGAUGAGGAUUACAAUGUGGAAGAUGACCAAUCCGAUGAUGCCAAUGAUGAUGAUUACAAUGUGGAAGAUGACCAAUCCGAUGAUGCCAAUGAUGAUGAUUACAAAGUGGAAGAUGACCAAUCCGAUGAUGCCAAUGAUAAUGAAGUUGACAACGAAGAAAGCAAGAAAAAGAAGAAAGAAAAGAGAAAUACUAGAAAAAAAGAUUCCCCUCAAAAAAUACACAAGUGUUCAUAUUGUGAUAAAGUGUUCCCGAAGAAAGCAAGGCUAGUUAGUCAUAUUCGAACACAUACCGGCGAAAAACCAUUCAAAUGCUCACAUUGCAGCAAGGCAUUUGCUCGAAGUUGCCAGCUAACUGUUCAUUUACGAAGCCACACCGGUGAAAAGCCAUAUAAAUGCUCGUCUUGUGAUAAAGCAUUUGUACAUAGAAAUGAUUUCAACAUUCACAUUCGCACACAUACCGGUGAAAAGCCAUACAAAUGUUCAAUAUGUAGCAAGGCUUUUGCACGGAGUGGUGCACUCAUUAGUCACUCGCGAAUACAUACCGGCGAAAAACCAUACAAGUGUACGCAAUGUGAAAAGGCAUUUACUACAAAAGCUCACUUAUAUCGGCAUGUACGAUCACAUACGGGCGAGAGACCUUACGAAUGUACGCAUUGCAUUAAGGCUUUUUAUGAGAAAUCUGAUCUUGAUGUUCAUCUCCGUACGCAUACCGGUGCAAAGCCCUAUGAGUGUUCGCGUUGUGAAAAGGCAUUUCGAUACAAAAAAGGCCUCGAUAUUCAUUUCCUAACACAUAUCGGGGAAUAGUAAAGUUCAUAAGCAGCUAUUUCAAAUAAUGUUAACGUGCUUGUGGGAAAGCUAAUGGAUUAUCAGCUUUCUCUCACAUAGACGACAACAUGUCAAGAUUGAUAAUUUUAGAGAAAUUUCUUCCUUACUACUUUCCCCUUGGAAAAUAUAGUAAAAUGCUUUAUUAGUUAUUCAGUUUUUCAUACUUGUUCUCUUAUAGUUAGUCGCUAUUAAUAAUAACAAUAAUAAUAAUAAUAUAUUAUUAUUAUUAUUAUUAUUAUUAUUAUUAUUAUUAUUUGUGUCAAAAUCUCACUCGGAAUAGAAAUGUUCAAAAGAAAUCGUGUUACGAUAUGAACCUUCUAAACUUAACCCUUCAAAGAAGUCAUUGGUAAAAAGAAUUUCUUGUCAAACGAGCCGUGAGCGUAACCAAGGGAAUGACGCGUUGUCUGAAAUGUCAUUUUGCUCUAGUAAACGGUUUUAUAUAUUAACCUGAGCGAGCGCUUAAUUUUCAUGCAAUUUUGGGCGUCUGUUAUUAAGAGCCAAUCUAGCUGUUUUCGGUGUCUUUGUAGGUCGGAUAUUUCAUCAAAAAUUCAGCAUGUAUUUAUCCAGAACACACACGCAUGAACUUAUAAUAGGACGAAUAAUAAUGUUAAUUUUAGGAAGAAAAAGAACGAUUUUCCAUAAAUACGUCUUGCACAAA